AUGCCUCAUGAUGACGGAAAGUCCCCACGCACUUCGCCAUCUCCAAAGGACCUCGUCAUGGCAGGGUUGGCAGCGUGCACGAGCAUGACGUUGCAGACAAGGGCAAGAACAAUGAUAGAGUCCGGAAAGAUGGAAAGGGGGAGCUUCAAGAGGAUAGAUGUGCAUGCCUAUGAUAGCACUCCGCAAGGCAAGCACAUGCCAACACGGGUGAAUCUCAAGAUCUGCGUGACCGGGAGCUUAUCUGCAGCUCAAAGGCGGCAACUCCUUGCAGCUGCAGAUAUGUGUCCAGUCAAACAGAUGCUCAAGGGGAAGGUGGAGGAGGGAAUCGAAGUUGAAGUUGUAGUUGAGGAGGAGACGGGCACGAGCUGA